GCACGAACUCAUUUCGGGGGCAUGAAAAUUAAAAGACACGCGGCUGGGAACAUUCCUUGCUCCUCUCCCCGCCCCCUUGCUUCAGCAUUCUACAAGGAGGCGUGGCUUUUCCUCUUUGCCUGGGCAUGUGAUUGGCUUGCGCCGGCGAUGGAGGAGAGCUGGCCGUGGUGCAUGUCGGGAGCGAACCUUGUAGCUUAAAGACCCCGGAAAAUAAACAAGGGCGUGGAGGCCUGGUUGCCGCGCUUGUUCGAGUGCGGGCACCCAUGCAUGGGACGUGGAAGCCUUCUGCGGCUGGAGGCGGUAGUGACGACUACGAUGAGCAACUCCGUCGCCUCCAGGCGGAUCUCCGGGACAGUGAAAUAAAGAGAAUGGAACUGGAAAGAAAAAUGCUCGAAUAUAGCAAAUCUGAUACUUGCUUAACUAAUAUGAAACACAUGAGGCUAAAAAAAUACUUAAAAGAAAUAUGUGAUCGCCAGAAGAAAUCUCUGCUCCGCAAUCAAGAUUUGUUAAAGGAAUUUGAUUGGUUUGAAGCUCAUAUUAGAAAGUUUGCUUCACGUUCAGAGUCUCUUCAAAAAUUAAAGGCAGAAUAUGAAAGAGAAAUGAAAAGUAGGCGGAUACUUGAGAGAGAAAAUAUAUUAAAACAUGAGGAGACAGAUGAUAUUAAACAUCAGAACAUGCCAGAAGCAAGACAGGCAGGAAUUAACAACCGGACAGCCAUGUCAAGAGGACUGUAUCACACAGCAACAAUCUUUAUGGGCCGCCAAAUGUCAGCUGUCUCAAGCAUUGAUGAUUUCCAUGUGCAGCAGAAAUCUUCUGAGCUCACAAAGAGCUUUUCAAUUUCUGACCCACAUACACGUAGACAGCCAUCACGGAGCAGCUAUAUGACAGACAGCUGUGUAGUACAAACUAAUAGUGAUCUACAGUGCUCAAAUAAGUCUGACAAAAUAGAUGGAAAGACAUAUCUGCUGAUGGGUGAGGAAAUGCCAGUCACAUCCAGCAUAUCACAGGAGAAUGAAAGAACUCACUGUUUAACAGCAGAAUGCAACACAAGUAAUUGCAGUGGUAAUUUUGUGGAAAAGAACACGUCUCCUGAAUGUAACUCCCCGUUACAUGAAAGAUUAAGUCCUGAAAACAGAACCACUGAUUUAAAAAGUGACAGUUCCUGCAAAUCGCUGGAAGAAACAUUGACACAUCGGCACUUCGUAAAUGAACAGGAAUCUAAACAGCCAAUCUCACUGGCGUGUCGCCCUGAACAGCUUGUUUCCGGAAAUGAACACUCCAGGGAAAAGUUCUCAGCUCCUGGGGGUUGUCUGCAACUGGACAAAAAUGUACAGGAUGAAAGUGAAAGUAGAGAUGAAAGCAGCGAUCUCUCUGUUUCUCUGAGUGAGGAUGAAGAAGAAAUUAAUCUAUUAAAACCACACCUAAGUCUACAGGAUGUAGGCUGCCACAUGUCUUUAAAACCUGCCAAUACAGCGUAUAAUGAAGUACAUCAACAUUUACAGUGUCAUGAUACCUCUAGUUUAGCCUCAUCCUCUAGUCAUAAAACAAGAGAAUGUUUAUCAUUUGAAGGAUUUUCUCAUCUUUUGACAUUCAUAGAAGAAAUGGUGGUUGGCUCAGCUUCUGACUGCCCAUUGUUCUAUCAGAGCAAAGCUGUGAAUGCUGCAGAACUGGACACCCUUAUAAGCCUCUGUAAUGAAUCUGGAAGCUUGAAACGAGAAGACCUUGAGAUAUGUGAAGCACUUGUCCUUCAUCAGCUGCAGAGAUUAUUACAAAGUAUGGAAAACAAAUGCCUUUUACCAGAUAAUGCCUUUAAUAGCAAAAGCGAGACACUGGAUGAAAAUCAAUCCAGGCCUGAACUGACAUCGUAUUUCACACGUUUAUGUAAGCAUGCCUGGCUCUUACAAAAGCACAACGUUUCCGUGGAACAAGAGGUGAAAUACUUGUUCGAUAGCUUGCUGAUUUUACAGAGGCUUGAACAAAGCGACCAGGCCACAUCAUUAUUGAAAGAGAGCUUUCCAGAAGCAUAUGAAAGCAAGUCACUAGCUUUUAGCAGUAAAACCUCUUGUAAUUCACAAAAGAAUAAUAGUCUAAAAAAGCAAGAUACAGAAGUCACAAGCUGGUGUGAAGAUGAGAGCAAGGAAGAAAGCCUGGUGGAAAAGAUUCCUAUUACAGGUUUGAAUAUUGAUGACAGUGGCUUAAAAGAACAGAAGAGUGACAGAACCAGUUCAGAACCUAGUAUUUCAUCUCUUGAAAGAAGCUCUUUGUCAAGGGGUGAAAACCAAAAGAAAAUGCCAUCUACAAUAAAAUCCAAAGCCUUCUGGGGUGAUUCCGAUGACAGCAACUCUGAUAUUGAAGCAGCUCUGCGUCCUCAAGUGCAAUCUUCACACGAAGAGGACUUUGAUGACUUCUACGACUGAGAAAUUAACAUUAUAGUCACAUAUACAAUAUAGUAUUAAAACAGUAUGACUGGACAAGUUUUUCAGGAGGUUUGGGUAUGUUUUUGUGUUGGCCACAUCUUUGCUUGGUUCCCAAUGUGUGUUUGUGAAUGUGUAUAAAGUCUCUUCGGACACAGAUUGUGGAUAAAAGUAGAGUUUCAACCUGAGAAACCCAAGAUUUCAUUCUUGGCCUUGUAAGCAUUUGUUUGAAAUACAUAGGGUGGUUUGGGAGUUGGGAAAUGGGCAGAAGUGUUUGACUGAUCCACCACUGAAAAAGUACUUUCUUGUUCACAUAAGGUCUCCACCUAUCAUUAGACAUGCUUAAACAUAAUGUGCUUUUACAGUCUACUAUGGGACCAAAACAUGCGCUGUAACCCUUACAUUUACAGAUUGUGGGAAAUGAAGGGGAGAAAUAUUGGAAUUUUGGUCCAGACUGGGAAUAUGGUUUGAGGGGAGGGUUUGUAACAUUUUCUUCUUCACUGCAGUCUCAUUUUAAAUACUCUUCCCUCCCCGGGGCUAAUAUUUACACUGGAAGGAGAGCUACCAUUUAAUAGAACCCUUCUGUCGCCACAAACAGUGGAUAAACAUGGAGAGAAAGAAAGCAAAAUAUUCAUAAUCCUCCCCACAAUUACAUUCUGGAUUGUGCUGUUCUUUCUGUAGUAAUAGCUAAUUACUUAUAGUUCACGCAUUUAGUAAUCAUCACCAUAUCUGUGUUGGCCCUUGGUUGGCAGCUGAGACACAGGAGUAAAUGAUAUUAUGUAAUAGAUCAGCUUGUCAUUUAUAUGCCUUAGUCACAAAACAUCUUGCACACUGACUUUUGUUGGCAUACCCUUGUGAAAGAUCGUAAGAGUAAUAUGCACCCCUGGCCACUUGCUUGAAGAGAUUUAUUCAAGUCAUGUUUUUAAAAAAUUGACCUGUGUAUGUCAUUUGCUAUAUAUUCUGAAGUCCAAUGAAUUGUUAUCAAAUGCUGAAACACUGCAAACUUCUCCAUCAGAGGAAUGCUGAUAUCAUAGUUUGGCUUGAUUUUUCUCUCCACUGUGGUUGUAUUAAUUUUGAUUUUACUUGCAAGCCACCAUGCAAGUGUUUGCGUUAAUGGCAAUAUAGAAAUCAUUAUAAAAAAUAAUGACGUAAUAAACUUUUUACAGACAAUCCGUGAAGUAUUUACAUCUGGAUUCAGACACAAUCCUCCUGAACUAAAUAGUGAUAUAUAUCCUGCAAAGAACAAGAGAAACUGGAUGAUGAUAUUGUGUGUGUUUACUUGCUUAAAUGUUGUGCUGAAGAGACUCCAAGUGCUUGCAGGCAGAGUCUAUCCAGAAUCACAGUGUGGAUUUC